GUCCAUGGUGUUGGAAUGGGAUAUUCAAGAAGCACAUAUCAGUGUGAUUAUCAGGUGUCCACAUACUUUUGGCCAUAUAGUGUGGGUGGGUGGAAGACUAGAUGUACUAAAGACCCCCCACACACGAACAGACACCAGUCUACCAGUCCUGGCCGAAGUCUCACAAUGAGGAUGUUGAUGUUAACAGCUCUAUUUACAUACUGCUUCCUGCAGCUAACUGCUGGAAUGAGCGUGGGUGAUUUCAUGCAAGGGUCCAAAAGAGAAGCAAGGGAGGUAAGAGAACCAAUACGUAUUGACUGUAAAAUGACAGCUUGGACUAUGUGGGCGCCCUGUGACCCUUGCACUAAAACCAUGCAUCGUUCCAGGGGUAUUGAAAUAUUUGGGCAGUUUGGAGGUCAAAGAUGCAUACAACCCAUUGGAGAAAAAAAACCCUGCAAACCAACGACUCAAUGUGUGGAAGAUCCACUACCUGUUUGCUCCACAAAUGAGUUCCUCUGCGAAUCAGGCUUCUGUAUUAAAAGGCGGUUGGUCUGCAAUGGGGACAAUGACUGUGAUGACUCAACUGAUGAGGAUGAGUGUAAUAAGAUCCGCUCUCCAUGUGGCAAUGUGGCCGUGUCUGAGUCAGACAUCGGUCUGGAUGCAGGAUACGGCAUCAACAUUCUAGGCACAGGCCCUCGCAUGAACCCAUUUAAUAACAAAGUAUAUAAUGGAAUAUGUGACCGUGUCAAGGAGCCAUCCACAUUGAGCUACAACAGGCUGCCCUGGAAUGUUGCUGUCAUUAACUAUGAGACAUUAGUAGAAGAGACUACUUCUAAAGAAGUCUACAAAGACACUCACUCACUGCUGAGUGAAAUCACCCAAGAUAUCACUUCCCAAACAAGCAUAGGAUUAUCCUUCAAGUUCACACCUACUGACUCAUCUGCUCAGAAUAAUUUAACACAACCCGUGAGUGUCACAGCUGGAUUUGACAGCGGGACUGAAAAGAGAGAAAUGAUCAAAACUAUGACAGACCACAGCACCACUAAGGAAAAGUCCUUCUUCAGAGUGAAGGGCAAAGUGCAACUAGGCACAUAUAGAAUGAGGUCUCGAGGUCUGGAGGUCUCUCAGUUAUUCUUGGAUGAUGUAGAUGCACUGCCUUUAGAAUAUGAGAAGGGACAGUAUUUUGGCUUCUUGGAGGAUUAUGGGACUCAUUACACCAAGAAUGGAAGAGUUGGGGGAGAAUAUGAACUUGUAUACGUCCUGAAUAAUAAAGCAAUCACAGACAAGAAGAAGACAGAAUCUUUGCUGAAGGACUGCUUGAAAAUUGGGAUUAACCUAAAUUUCCAGCUCACUGAAGGUGAGGUACAGCCAGGCACAUCCAAUUCAGACAAGUGUACAGAGCUGAAACAUGAUUACACAGUGGCAGAUGAAAGUGAGCCACUGAUUGAUAAGGUGAUCAGUGCAGUGAAGGGAGGCUCCCCAAAAUCAGCAGCAGCCAUGAAGUCUGGGCUCAGUAAAGACGUUGUGCUAAACUGGAGUCAUUAUGUGGAGUGGGCAGCGACACUCUCAGACCUGCCUGCACUCAUCCACAGUGACCCUGAGCCCAUCUACAAUGCGAUCCCUCUGAACUUCCCUGAUGCCCAACCAAGGAGGGAGAACUUGCAGAGGGCCUUGAAUGAAUACAUGGCAGAGUACAGUGUGUGUAAGUGCCAGCCAUGCCAGAAUGGUGGCACUGUGGCCCAGGUAGAUGGCAAUUGCAUAUGCCUGUGCCCGUUGCACUUUGAAGGCCUUGCCUGCCAGACCAUCCGUCAUGAACUAAUUAAAGACAAAGACCAACCCAUAGAACAGCUGGGGAACUGGGGCUGCUGGUCUUCCUGGUCUAGCUGCAGUGGAGGACGUCAGAGCCGUACUCGUUCCUGUAAAACAGGUGGCAUUGCAGGAGUUACCUGCAAAGGAGACACAGUCAGCGAGGAAUAUUGUUAAUGCUGUGUGGGCUCACACACACACACACACACACACACACACACACACACACACACACACACACACACACACACACACACACACUCUCUGCAUUAAAUAUCCUUUGGUUACAUAAAAAAAAAAAAAAAAAAAACAUAAAAUGCCUGCCAGAAUCGAAUCAGUGGUUUGUUUGUUUUUUACUGAAUUUAUACAACAUUCAUUUAGUAGACAUACAGUAUAUCUGGUGAGGUGGGGGAGACUUUAAGGAAAAAAUUCCCCUUGAAGUUACUUCUUGAGUUGUGUCUUUUACUUUGUGGUACUUUUCUCCUUUGCUUUUUGUUGUUUCAUUUUGCAUUUAACUUUUUCCACUGUUUGCUGUGGGGCGGGGAAAUAGUAGUGAGGUGUGCCUUAGACAGCUGUCAGCUCAAGGCAAGGCAAGGCAAAUUUAUUUGUAUAGCACAUUUUCAACAACAGGGUAAUUCACUCACAACAUUGCCGAACCAACAUACAUCACAGCACCAUAGUUACUGUAUGUGUCACUUAUAUUUUCAUUUAUUCAUUUAUCUUCAGUAAGCACUUUUUCUUGGAUAUUCUUGAAUUUUUAAAAGAAUCACUUUUGCAUUACAUUACUUAGGCUAUGUAAGGCUUACUUUGCAUCUUGUGAAUACAUAUGGAUGUUUUGAGCAAAAUAUAAUUCCGAUUCAGUUUGA